CAAAGACUGACUUCCACGCGACGUCAACAGUCGACACGAUGGCAGCAGCAGCUCCAACCUACCGCAUUGAGAAGGACACGAUGGGCGAGAUCCAAGUCGAGUCACAUCGGUAUUGGGGGGCCCAGACCCAGCGCUCCCUGGAGAAUUUCACCAUCGGCGGGCAGCGCAUGCCGGUCGAGAUUAUUCGCGCGUUUGCGAUUCUCAAGAAAGCAGCGGCGCAAGCCAACCACGAGCUGGGCGUGCUCUCUGCUGACAAGGCGGCGUUGAUCAGCUCUGUGUGCGACGAGAUCUCGUCGGGUGCAUUGGACGCCGAAUUCCCGCUCGUGGUGUGGCAAACCGGAUCGGGCACCCAGAGCAACAUGAACGUGAACGAAGUUGUGGCCAACCGCGCUCAUGUGGUGACCGGCGGCAGUCUGUUGGACGCCAAGAAGACUAUCCACCCCAACGACGAUGUGAACAAGUCGCAGUCAUCCAACGACACGUUCCCCACCGCCAUGUCCAUCGCCGCGUACAAGCUCGUGGUGGACAACACACUUCCGAACGCGAGGAAACUCCGUCACACGCUCCAGAACAAAGUCGACCAGUUCCGCGACGUCAUCAAGAUCGGGCGCACGCAUCUCAUGGACGCGACGCCGCUGACGCUAGGCAUGGAGUUCUCGGGGUAUGUCGCGCAGCUAGACCAUGCCAUCCGGGCCAUCGAAGCCACAUUAGACCACUUGUCCGAGCUCGCGCUGGGCGGGACCGCCGUCGGCACCGGCCUCAACACCCCUCCCGGCUACGACGUGCUCGUGGCGGCCAAAAUCGCGGCGCUGUCUGGCCAUCCUUUCAAGACCGCGGCAAACAAGUUUGAGUCCCUCGCGGCACACGACGCGAUCGUCGGGUCCUCCGGGGCCCUCAAGAAGCUGGCGGUCAGCUUGAUGAAGAUCGCCAGCGACGUCCGGCUGCUCUCGUCCGGACCUCGCUGCGGCAUUGGCGAGAUCAGCAUCCCCGAAAACGAACCUGGCUCGUCUAUCAUGCCCGGGAAGGUGAACCCGACGCAGUGCGAGGCCAUGACGAUGGUCUGUGCGCAAGUGAUCGGCAACGACACGGCCAUCAGCAUCGGCGGUAUGAGCGGCCACUUUGAGCUGAACGUGUUCAAGCCCUUGAUCAUCUUUAACUUUUUGAUGUCGGCACGCCUCCUGGGCGACGCCUGUGACUCGUUUGAUAAGCACUGCGCCGUGGGUAUCCAGGCCAACCCUGUUGUCAUUGAGCGGCAUCUAGAGAACUCGCUAAUGCUGGUCACGGGACUGAACACGCACAUUGGCUACGACAACGCCGCCAAGAUCGCCAAGAAGGCUCACAAGGAAGGCACGACGCUCCGCCAAGCUGCGCUCGACCUCAAGCUGCUCACGUCGGAACAGUAUGAUCAAUGGGUUGUGCCGCGCAAUAUGAUUGGCAGCUUGCAAUAAGAGUACUAUGAUACCUACUGUAGUCGUUUAUACUGUCAUAACUUGUGGCAAAUAUGUUGGAAUGCCAAGACAACAACUAGUUGUUCAUGGAUUACUUACUUGUGGC